AUGGGUAAAUCCAUUCCUGUUUCAUCGUCAUUAUUGUACAAGACUAUCUAUUAUAAACGUUAUUUAUCAAAUAUUCUCGAUUACAUGCCGACAGCUGUAAAAACAAAUUUAAUUGAAGAAAAUACCGAAGGUGUUCUUUUGGUAUCAACACGGAAUCAAGAAAAUUUAAAAUCAUUUAAUUUAGAACCAUUAGCAGAGAAUAUCGUUCUAGUUGAUCAAUUAAUAGUCGAGAAACAAGAAGAAACGUCGGAUAUCAGUAACACAACAAUAGAAGUCGAUGCCCUUAUUAUUGAUAAUGAUGAAUAUUUUCAACAAUUCGAUUGUCCAAGUGAUAGUGAUGAUUCAUUUUCAGAAUACAACUAUCUCGAUCAAUAUAAUUUAACAUCGAAACAACACGAUAUCAUUGAACAAUAUGAAUUAGAAGCAGAUUCAUGUUGUCGAUUAAAAUCAAAACGUUCACAUAAAAAAAUGAAGGCAAAACGACAAAUAAAAACAAAACAUGCAAAAACAAUAAAAAUCAAUUCUCAUGGCCAACAUCUCUAUGUUAAUCAUCGUUUACAUAAAAUGCAUCAGUUAGAUCCACCAAGUUUAAACUGUAUGCCAUCGCCACAGUCUUCUUUUUCACCGCUGCCGUCCAAAAUCAAUUCAUUCACUGCGCCAUCAUUUAGAUUAUGCCGUGUACCAAAACAAUCGAUCUGCUCGUUCACAACAACGAUAACAAACAUCGUUCAUAAUCAAGAUAUUCCAUAUCAACUACAUGAUUACACCAUAGAUGCAACAAAUAUUCCACAGGAUAUUCAAGAUGAGCAAAUGGUCUCUUUCUUACUUGACAUGCAAAAUCGUGAACUAUCACCAGAAGAUUAUGAAAUGUUAUGUAGAUUAGAUGAACGAGUUGAACGAAAAACGGUGAACAGUUCGGUAUUAGAUACGUUAAAAACAGUGUAUAUUGAAAAUAUAGAUGAGUAUGCAUCAUUCCAGUCUGACAUUUCACAAAUUUUGGUUGAACGUGGCCAACUUCGUACAGAACUACUAGCCAAAGAAAAAGUGUUAAAUGAUUAUUUGCAACAACGAAAUACACUUACAAAUACAUUAAAGCAAGUUAGAAAUGAAAAAGAUGAUCUUCUAGUCAAAUGCCAGAAAUUAAAACAAGAAAAACUUUCAGCUGAGUCGGAAAAGGGUGCAAAUACAAUUCAUGUGACGAUAUUAAAAGAAGAAAAAAACAUUUUGGAACAAAAACUAUUAGAAAGUACUCAAUUACAAGAAGAAUAUCGAAUGAAAAAUGACGAGCUUAGUCGUCAACUUUUUCACUCACAACAGCAGUUACUCAAAAGAAGAAGCAUAUCACCCUCAAGUCACCCAUUGAACAGUACAGCUACCAACGAGCAACUUAAAGAAAUCAAAAAAAGAAAUAUGGAACUAGAAAAGUUAAUAGAAUCAAUUCAUAAUAAUUAUAAGACUGAAUUACAAGUAGUCAGAGAUGAAUCAGAUGUAAAAGAUGCGCAAUUAAAUGAAUUGAAUAAUCUUGUUAAUCAUUAUGAAAAGAAGGUUGAAGAAAAAGAAAAAAAUUGUAAAGAACUUGGACAACGUUUAAAUGAUUUAGGUAAAUCAUGUCGAUCUCAAAUGCCAGACAAAUUGACAUUAAGUGAAGAAGACAGACGUACGAUCGAAAAUGAUCCAGAUUUUAGUUCCGUUCUGUUCAUUUAUAAAUCAUCUAAAAGUCUGUUUGAUAUACUAGUUGAUUAUUCAUUGUUACAAAAACAAAUUGAAACAUUAACGUCAGCAAAAGAAAAAAUCGAAUUGCACCAUCGACAAAAUGAAAAAGUAUUGCGUCAAGCACAUUGUGAUUUAACAGAAUUGAAAACGCAACAUGAACGACUAAAAAUUAUUAAAGAACGUUUACAAUUCGAUUAUGAAGAAUGUAUUAAAGGGAAACAAUUGAUACUAAAAGAAAAAAAUGAGUUGGAUAAACGUUUACAUCAUGUACAAAAGGAAUUUGAUGAUUGUCUAGAUGAUUGUAAUAACAUGCGUUCACAAAUUUACUAUCUAUUUGAAAACAAUUGUAUCAAAGGCAAUUUACCAUCAUACGAUCAACGUUUUCUAACCGAUGAUGUUAGUGAACGUCUAGGUGUUGUAACAUUUUCAACAGUUGAAGAAUUAUAUGAACAAUAUAUGAAAUCUAUAUCGGAAAUACGUGAAACUGAUCGUCUCUAUUCAGAAUUAGAAGAAAAAACGCGACAGACAAUGAAUGAAAUGGAAGAAAAAAAUUUUGAGUUAAAAUCACAUUUAGAUAAAUUGAAAUUGAAGUUAGAUGAAACAAAAACAGAUAUUCGAAUUGAAACGUUAGCCAAAGAAUUGAUGGAACAGCAACGACAGAGAGCAACGUCUGCGACUGAAAAUAUUGGUUCUUCAUUAUCAACAUUUAUUUGUCAAACAGAUUUAACACUUUCGGAUAUUAAACUAAUGGAAUCGACUGUAAAACAAUUUGAACAGACAACGGCAGAAAUACAAAUCGAAAGAACAAGGACAAAUGACCAAACGAUACAUUUACAACGUCAAAUCGAUCAUUAUCAAUUACAAAACGAUCUUGAUCGGCAAAAGUUAUCUGAAUUACAAACAACAUGUGAUGAAUAUCAACGAUCGAUAACAUCGAUUUUGAACGAUGUGCAAACAUCUGAAACAAAUUGUCAAGAAUUAAAAUCUAAAAAUCGUGAGUUACAACAUAAUUACGAUUUAGCAAUGGGUAAUCUAAAUGAUCUCAAACGAGAAUACGAUAAAUUAGAAUUAGAUAAUCAACAUAUGAAAAAUUUGCAAGAUGAGUUUCUUGAACGCCUUAAAAGUGAUAUUGAUACCAAGUUAAAUGAGCGUCAAGAGAAUAAUAUCAACGAAAAAUUAAACAGAUCUAUUGAAGAAUUAAAUAUUAUAAUGAAAGAUUGUGUAAAGCAAACUGAACGUUGUACAAAUACAUCGGCUGAUACAUCUAGUUUAACAAAAAUGGAAAUUGUUUAUCGUCAACUUCAACAACGACAUCAACAUGAUAUUGAACAACAUCAUAGUAUCGCUGAAUCAUUACGACUAAAAUUGAGAGAUUGUCAAAAUGAACUGAAACGUGCUCAGUCUGAACAUGAUAAAAUAUGCGAUUCAUUAGAAACAGAACGAUCCGUAUAUGUUACGAAAGUAGCUGAGCUAGAAGAAAAGUUACGUAGUGCUGACACAACAACGAUUGUGACACGACUAUUACCAUCAGCAACACUCGAAAAUCGUUUGAAAGAAGAAGAAGAACAAACAGCGUCGUUGAGAAGUUUUAAUGUCAAACUCAACGAUAAAAUUGAUGCAAUACAAAAGCUAAUGACUAGUGAUAAAAAGUUAUACGAAGAAAAAAUGAAUGGCAUAUUAAAAGAAUUACAAGAUACUCGAAAUGAUCGAGAUGUACUUGAGAAGAAAAUCGCUGACUUGAAUGAUGAACAACAACGUCUCGUUAAUGAAUUUAAAGAAAAGGAAGACGCAUUUGAAAUGGACAUAUUCAAAUUAAAAGCGGAUAUUGAUAAUUUGAAAUCAACAAAUGAAACUUUAAAGCAAACUGUUAGUUCAAGAGAAAAUGAUCUGGACUUUCUGCAGCAAACAGUAGCUGAUUACGAAAAAAAACUGACUGAUUUGGAAAAAGAAUAUCAUCUACUUAAAGAAAAAUCAGCUCAAUAUGUCCGACAAAGUGGAUUACCCACCAGCGAUCUUGAAACCAAAAUAUCAGACUGGGAUGUACAUCAAGAAGAUUUUGAUUCUAGCCAACUGACAACAGCUGAUGAAUAUGCUUUUCAAACGUCGGAUCAUUUAUCACCAAAUGACGAAGUUGUUCAACCAAAAACACCAAGAAAACGCUUUCGACUUGCAAAAGCUAAUAUUUCUCUCUGGUUUCUAUUUUCCAGAUCAACAGGUGAACAAACUCCAACAACAACGAUGCAACUGCGAUCAAAACGUUCGAGUAGUGUUGAUAGUCAAAAUUUAAUGCGGUUUGAUUCAUCGCGAGAUCAAGAUAAUGACGUAGAUGACAAUGAUGAUGCCCAAUCAGUCAUUUCAACCCAAUCAGAGCCAGCAUCAACGAAAAAACGAAAAGUAGAAAUACCAGAAUAUAAAUUACCAGCUGUUCAAGAAGAAGUUAUACAGGGCGAAGAAGAUGUUCCAAAAGAUGGUGCAUCUCAACAAAUAGCUUAUCACACACGUUCACGAUUGAGAAAACAAACGCGACGUAAUUAG